UGCAGAGAGGACACUGGGACUACUGAACAACCGUCAUCCGGCUUAGCACCCUGGGAGGCAGUCAUCAUUGCGCUCAGCACAUGCGCAGUAGCAGCAUUACUUUCCUUCUUCUGCUGUCUUGCGUACAUGAUAAUGGUCCAACGGAGACGAUAUUACAAGCAGCGGUUCCAGGACGACCUUCGUCCCGAUCCUCUACGUAAAGAGCGUGGAUAUUCAAACGAUGAUAUCAUUCUACGUAAUGGGAAUUACUACGAUGCUGGAUUGUACGCUGAAGAACGAGGCGCUGAUGGACCCAUGUUCUUUGCUAAAGUCUUCGAUGGGUCAGAAUCGCUUGGAUCCAGUGUUGACUCGGCACUCGACCCCGAAAUCGAGAGAUACGGACACUCCCUCAUGAGGAUGAGACAGCCACCGGGGCGCGGUCCAAACAUUCUGCCUGAGACUGCGUUAGUGCCCAUCUCUAGCCAUCGCAGGUCGACUGAUAGAAGAGCAAAUGAGGGUCCAGAAUUCUCACCUGAUUUAAUGGUCAAGGAACCUGGUAUUAUCUUCAACGACUUGGCUAUGCAUUAAAUCUGGGACUCCCGUAAUCGUGGAAUACAAGCCAGUUUGAAGAUCCCAUCAUGAGCUGAUGGUGAAACAAAUCGAAUCGACAUAACUAGUUUCAUUACAGAAUUUGUUUCAUCAUCACCUAUUUAUUAUUAUUUUUUACGAUGGUUUUUAUUACAAAUAAUCAAGACGAAGUGUAAACAGUAAUUGUAGCUUUAGCAAAUUAAACAUUACGUUGCAAAAAAAGAAAGAAGAUUCUGUGUUAUCAAUAGAGAUGGUAGGGAGUUUUUGUUACUACAACGGGAGCUAGUAAACACGGUAAAUGUAUUAAAAGUGCCCGUCAGAGAACAAACAAAAGAACACCUAGGGUUCUUUGUCAAACAUUGGUAAACUGGAACACCAGUUUCACUCUGAAUGUCGGAGCUGACGCGAAAUU